CUUAAUUGUAAGUCGGCUAGUUUUAAUAAAAUAUUGAUAUUUCAAUUUUCACCAGACGACUGAAAUGUAAGUCGUUCACGAAAGUCAAAUUUCUGAAAUAAUCCAGUCAAAUGCAAAACUAACCUAUGACGACUGAAAUGUAAGUUGUCUAGAAAACGAGGGUACUUGUAAUUUGAAAGCAGUCUUUACGUAAUUGAUAUUCUAUUUGAAUGUCAUUAUAAAAUGAGGCUACUUGUAACUUGUAAGUUGUAAAUCUACACAAAAGAAACGCAUGUAGCCUUUGCGCUUGAUUAGUGCAUCACAUCAUCAUCAUCAUCUAUACAAUUACACACUGCAGAGUAAAAAGCAACAAGAAGACCAAAGCCGUUGUUGUUGACGGAUCUCAAAAUCCAUUCAGAAAUUAGAGUUAAAGUUUAUACUAAUAUUGAAAAGUAAUUUGUAAAUGAUUGUUUUUGAUGAUUUUCGUAUGAAAAUGUGCAUGUUAUUGAUUUUAUAAAAAUAUCAGAAGACUUGGAUGUCCUUCUCCCUCUCCUUUACAGUUUCUUUAUAUCUCUUAGGGGAAUCAUAACGGUGGUACGAUAUUUGGCGGGUAUUGUGUGCCUUCAAAAACGUCUUUAUUGCUCUGAUCUCUUUUACGUUUUGGUUGACCGAGUUAGAUCAGCUUUGAUCUUUAUCUGAGUUUGGGAUAGAUUUCUAUUCUUUAUGGGCCUAUCGUCUUCUUGUGGAACCUUUGAGUUUCUGGAUAAGAUCUUUGGACCAGGUUUAGACCAAGGUGAAAUCCACUUUCAACAAUAAUUUCUCAAAGUUCAGCUUGUCUCAGAUCGACAGCUAGAUCGGGUAUUGGUUCUGAUAUAUUUGUGAUCGGUAGUUUACGAGUUUCAAAUAUUUUCUUAAGAAGAUAGCGAUCUCUAUUCUUACGUGUCGCAUCAGAUUAACUAACACUAAAUUUAUUCACAACAAAUAUUUUUAUAAAAAAUUAUAAUUAAAUAACAAAACCAAAAAUGUCAAUGAAUAUCUAUAUAACUUUUGGAAUAAAUUGCCAUAAUAUAAGAAACAAAUCUAAAUGAUAUAAUAUUUACUAUAUUUUAAAAUAGAAAAUUGUCUAAAAAAAGGAUAGAAUGUAAUUGGAUUGAGCCGAAGCAUAUAAGUUUUGCUGAUACCACAAAGCCCCCAGAAAAGCCUUUCUUCACAGAAUAUCUUUAAGAUUCUUCUGCCUCUUAACAAUGGAGUCUUCGUCUACCAUCGCAAGGAAGACAUGGGAGCUCGAGAACAACAUCCUCACCGUGAAACCACCGGCGGAUUCAUCCUCCGACAACAUAUUCCACUACGACGGAGCUGCUCACGCCAAGGUCCUGAAGGAGAAGCCAUGGGCCACCGAUCCUAACUACUUCAAGCGUGUCCAAAUCUCAGCGCUCGCUCUUCUCAAGAUGGUUGUGCAUGCUCGCUCUGGUGGCACUAUCGAGAUCAUGGGUCUUAUGCAGGGGAAAACCGAUGGCGAUACUAUCAUCGUUAUGGACGCUUUUGCUUUGCCUGUUGAAGGAACCGAGACUAGGGUUAAUGCUCAGGCCGAUGCGUAUGAGUACAUGGUUGAAUAUUCACAGACAAAUAAGCUGGCUGGGAGAUUGGAGAAUGUUGUUGGAUGGUAUCACUCUCAUCCUGGGUAUGGAUGCUGGCUCUCGGGUAUUGAUGUUUCAACACAGAUGCUUAACCAGCAGUAUCAGGAGCCUUUCUUGGCUGUUGUUAUUGAUCCCACAAGGACUGUUUCGGCAGGUAAGGUUGAGAUUGGGGCGUUCAGAACAUAUCCAGAGGGGCAUAAGAUCUCAGAUGAUCAUGUUUCUGAGUAUCAGACUAUCCCUUUAAACAAGAUCGAGGACUUUGGUGUUCAUUGCAAACAGUACUAUUCAUUGGACAUCACUUAUUUCAAGUCAUCUCUUGAUAGCCACCUUCUUGAUCUCCUUUGGAACAAGUACUGGGUGAACACACUAUCUUCUUCCCCAUUGCUGGGCAAUGGAGACUAUGUUGCUGGACAAAUAUCAGACUUGGCUGAGAAGCUUGACCAAGCCGAGAGUCAGCUGGUUCAAUCCUGGUUUGGAGGAAAAAAGGCCAGUCUUCACAAGAAAAAAAAGGACGAGCUUCCACUCGCUAAAAUAACUCGGGAUAGUGCAAAGAUAACUAUUGAGCAGGUUCAUGGAUUAAUGUCACAGGUUAUUAAAGACAUAUUGUUCAAUUCCCCACGUCAGUCUGACAAAACUCCCAGCGACCCGACUGAUCCAGAGCCGAUGAUUACAUCGUGAAGUUGGUGCUCUUUUUCUUUUGUCUUCCGCAAACGCAAAAGACUUUGCUUCAAACCCGGUUUUUGAGAGAAAAUAUGCACAUUGUUUUCUGUAUUAUGUUUCUCCAGUGUAUCUGAUUUAGACAAGCGUUUUGUGUGUAAUAAAUGACGUUAAUAUGACCAGAGGUUCAGUUAUUAUUUUUUCUUUCUUCCUUGAGAACUAUCUUAAAAUU